UUCAUCUUCAUUCAUCCUUGUUUUGUUUACAAAAUAUUUGCGAUUUUGAAUCGAAUCGAUCAAUAAUGUAAUUUUUAAUAAAAUUCCUAAAUAUAGGUUUACUUUAGAAACACAAUAAGUGAAAAUGAAUUUACUACCAACACAUGAAUUAAUAAAAUUAAUUUACCUUAUCGGGUAGUCAAUGAUGACCGAGUAUUUUCAGCGAGAUAUACAGUCCUAAAACUCAGUCAUGGACUCUGAUAAUGCAUUGGAGAAUAGCAUGUAUCAAGCUAUAUCUGAUCAAGCAUAUGAUGAAGUCAAUCAAUUAUUAUUGCAGGGUGCUGACCCUAACAAAGCAACAGUUCAUGGCAAAACAUGUCUUGGACAAGCCGCCUUCACAGGCAAUAUUAGGAUUCUUAAAUUAUUAAUCGAUUUAUCCACUGAUGGCAUACCAGUAAUAAAGAAAACCUCUAAGAAGCGCCAUGGAAAAUCUCAAAAAAGAAAACUAAGAAAUGAUGGCAAGAACAGUGAAACUGCAGUCAAAUUGAAAAACUUUGGUGACAGGAGAGCUAAAGAAGGUCUUAGUCUAGAUGAUAGCAGUGUAUCAAGGGAGGAACUUGCGACAUCUGAUAAAAAUCAGGGAUACUUUGUGUUUAUUCAUAGUGAGGGUUCAAGUAGUGAUGACAGCAGAGUACCUGCCUUGAAGUCCCCGCUGAGUCCCGCAACCCCUACCCCUCAGGGGGACCUAGAGUGGGACGAGGACAUCAAUACUGGAAGCAUUGCUCCCACCACCCGUGAAGACGAGACCUGGUCUUCUAUGUACAUGUGGUAUGCUGCAAUCCUGGAGAACACUGGUUCAGCAUUAGCUUCAGCAUCACUUAUUCCCGGUGGCAUCAACCAGCAAGAUGCCUUCAUGAGGACAGCACUACAUUAUGCUGCAGAUCAAGGGCAUACAGAGGCCGCCAAACUCCUUAUAGAUGCUGGCUGCAGAUUGGACGUGCAAGGGGGAGAUGGCUUCACCCCGCUGCACAUCGCUGCCUUCAGGAAUCACAAAGAAAUCACCAAACUGCUGGUGGAAGCUGGAGCAUUUGUAAAUUAUAAGAGCUAUGAUAGAAUGACACCCAUACACUUUGCCGCUAAAAGAGGAUAUUUAGAUGUAGUGAAACUCCUAGCCGCUAACGGAGCCUACCUAGAGGCGCGGGACGGCAGCGAGUGGACCCCACUGUACCAGGCGGCGCGGCGCGGACACGCCGACGUGGUGAGGUGUCUCAUCGACGCCGGCGCCAAUGUCAAUAGCGAAGAUGCGGAAGGUAGCACCCCGUUGUGUGUGGCGGUGUGGCAGGGACACACGGCCGUGGUGGAGACCCUGCUAGCCGCCGGCGCCAGGAUCAUACAUUCACAAAACCUGCUUUACAAUGCUAUUUUACAAAAUCACGAUGAUAUAGUUAAGAUGUUGUCAGUGGGCGGCGGCAUCAACUUGCACAAUGACAACGGCGACACGCCUCUAUUAUUCGCCGCUAGAUUGGGGCAGCCAGACACUGCACGCAUUUUACUUGAAAAAGGUGCAAACGUAAACUCCCGCAACAGUAUAACAGGCGCCAACGCUCUGCACACGGCCGUGGAGCACGUGAGCGACGCGGCCGAGUUCGAGGACCUGCUGGUUACCUUCGUGCGGCACGACAUCGACAUCAACUCCACCGCGCUCACCGGCGACACGGCCCUCAAUAGGGCCUUGUUGAUUCAGAAGGACCACGCGGCUCGACUCCUAAUUCAAUACGGGGCUGACGUGAACGCGUGCGACCUACUCGCGUGCGGGCUGGACAACCUCACGAUCGUGCGGCGCCGGUCGCCCGCGCUGGCCGACAUGCUGCUGAAGGCGGGACACGCCGCCCCGCCCCCCGACCCGCACGCGCCGCCCCCGCGCCCCGGCAGCGCCGCGCACUGGCUCUACCACGCCUGCAGGCAACCGCUAGCGCUCGCCGACAUAUGCAGAAUCAAAAUAAGAAAUAUGACCGAUAGAAAACAACUUUUCGAUUACAUUACGUUGUUGCCGUUGCCGAAGAGCUUACACAGGUUUUUGAUGAUGAAAGAUGAAGGGUUGAAUUGAUUUUGGAAGAAAGUAGGUAUCUAGUUUAAAUGUAAUCAUGGGUCUACAGGAAUUGUGGAUUUUAAUAUAUUGUGAAAUUAUUGGAAUUGUAAAAGAUAAAUAUUGUUAAGAGUUCCUUUAUUUAAUAAAGAUAAAUUCAAAAUA